CGUACCUCGAGGAAGGAAUCUUCCGUCGCGUCGCAUGCGAAUUUGCAUUACCCGGGUUCUUGAGUUGAGCGUCUCUCGCGGAGAGGCCGCUCUCGACCACAGGCUGCCGAGAAUCUAAUAAAGAGAGGGUGACGUUGCUUCUGUCCUCUAGGCUUGUAUUCCUAGAUCUCCACUGCCUUCUCUUCUGGUUGUGAACUCUGCAGGUUCAAAUAAGUUUUUCCAAGCAAGACAUUGUAUAGAGACAGCAAGAUGAAUAGGAAACUGGAUUAUUUUAUAAGGUCAAUGAGAUGGCUACAGGCAUGUCACAAUGCAGGGAGACCUUUUCCUAGAACUGAAACCAGAACUGCAUCUGGGAUUAGUGGGUAUAAAAGUUCUGUACAAAAUAUUCAACAUCUGUAUGUUCCUUCUUGCUGGCUUCAUUCUUCUGUUUCAACUUGUUCUCAAAAUACUUAUGUUUAUGUUGGGAGCAGUGGUGCAAAUGAACAGAAAAUAGCUAAUGACCUUGGGCAUGAGGAGAACUUCAAACUCACUCAAGUGAACUCCUCGGAGGAAGUCAGAAAUACUGUUGAAGAAAAGGAUGGAUUUAAUAUGGUCCAGCAAUUUUUUAAUGACCUUCAAAAGUGUGCAUCUCUCUGUGAGGUACUAGACCUUGCUGCAAGAAGUCCAGUCUCUUCAAAGUAUGUCAGUAACUAUUUUUCAACUAUGUGGAUGCUAAAAAAAAAUACACUUAAAAGUCAGAACUAUGAUGAGACAAAGCUGAUGUUUGAACACCCGCAGUUUCAACAGCUCUGCCAAUGUGUGAUUGAUGAGGCAAAGUACAUGGAUAGCAAUGAUUUGGCAUACACUCUACUUGCUGUGGUAAAAUUAGGAGUUCCACAAAAUACCUGGUUGGUUCAAACAUUACUGAGGACUUGUCAGGAACGUCUCAAUGAAUUUAAUGAUCGAUGUAUCUCAGUUAUUGCAAAGACUUUGAAAGACAUGGAAAAAUGCAAGAAUGUGGAAGCUCUUCAAUUUGGACUACAGUUACUUUUAGAAGAGAAAGUCCACAAAAUAUCAAAUGUGUUUAUAUUGCAAACCAUAAUGCGCAGUAUCGGGAAGGAUGUACCACUGACACUUAAAAGAAGUUUGGAGAACAAGUUGUUGAGUCUGAUGGGUGAAUUUACAGUUCUACAUGCUUUUCAAAUGUUCAGUGUACUGGGUGAAAUGGAUUAUCUCUCUGUUCCAGUCCUGAAUGCUUGUAGUAAGACAAUAAUAGAAAACAUUGAAGGAACUCCAUUUUCGAAGCUACUGAACAUUUUGAAAAUGAGCAGACAAUUGAGAUACCAAAAUAGGAUACUCUAUUCUGCAUUAGCAGAUUAUGUCACAUCAGUCUUCUAUACAUGGAACAGACGUGAGGUAAUUCUGUUACUUUCAGCCUUUGAAAAUCUUGGUGUUCAUCCAGUCAAACUGAUGGAUAAAUUUCUUGAGGAAAUGAUGCUUCACCCUGAAUCCUUGAACCUGAAGGAGGUUAUAAUUAUUCUGCGAGCAUAUUCUAAUCUCAAUCACUUCCCCAGUGGCCAAAACCGGGAGUUUCUUGACACUCUGAAUACUAUCUUGAAUAAUCAUCUACAUGAGGCUGCUGAUACAGAUUUACUAAGAGCUAUAUAUUCAUUCUGCGUUUGUGGAUAUCUUCCCCAGCUUGCUCUUAAUCAACUGCUUCAAGAGGAAAUCCUCAAUGAUCUGGUAAAAUCAGGACAAAAUCAAAACAUGUUGUCUACAAUAAAUAUUUGUCUAGAACUUGAUGGAAAUUCUUCCAUGAAGUCAACAAUUUUGUCAGAGAAAUUGUCAUCAUUACCAAAGAAAAUACUUGAUUUUAGUCGUCCUGAAAUACAGGAAGCCCUGCUUACGCUUUUGGGAAAUGAAAAUUUGUUUCAAUCAAAUGUACAGUUGACUCAAGGUUACUUCUUAGAUUUUGAAAUCUUAAUGGAUACAAACCGAAAUAUAGCAUUGACACAGGCGGAAGCAGAUCAGCUGGCAGAUGAUUCCAACCUCAGAAGGAUAGCAGUGCUGUGCCCACCUGCAAGUGCUUUCUGUAUCCCCUCAGGACACCCAAAGGGCAAGUUGGCAAUGAAGAUAAGACAUCUAAAUCAACUGGGAUACCAAGUUAUAUUGGUUUUUUACAAGGAAUUCCAAAAGCUGGAGAAAGGCGAGGCGGUUUCAUUCUUCAAAAGGCAAAUAUUUUUGGCAGAAAACAUUUAGCAUCUGAGUAAAAAACUCAAGAUGACUGUACUACAGCAUUUAAGCCAUAAUUCUGAAGUGACUUUUCUGGGAGCAAGUCCAGUUGAGUUCAAUGAGGUUUGCGUCUUGAAUAUUAAAUAAUAGUAACUGCAGUACUUUUGUGGUUUAAGAAAACAUCUGUGAAUAAGAUUCCUUAAUAAUCCUGUCUCUCAAUUUAUAUCUCUUCUGAAAGUGAAGAAGGGUGUGCAUAUGUGACUGCAAAUAUAUUCACCAUACCCAGUGGAUGCUAACCAUGGGGUAGGAAUAAACAGAAGAGAUCUGUUAAUUGCUUUCAUUCUCAGUAAGAACUUGAUUGCAUUAUAAUUUACUGGCUUGGAUGUGAAUGUCAAUAUCUGUUCCUCUAGCUUCAUACUUAUUAUCAGAUGCCUUUUUGAAGAUGCACUGUAAAGUAUAAUCAUUAGGGAUAUUUGGGUUUUGAAAAUGCAUGAGCUCAGCAAGUCUCUGCUAGUCGUUAAAGCAGUCUGACUUAUGUCAUUUCAUUUGUGAGGAAGCCUGAAAAAGUUAAGGCUGCUUUAAUGAAUAAGAGAUUUGAAGUGCUUCGGAAUAAUUUUCAAAGUAUACACCGCCGUAGUAACCAUGAGAGUAGGAAAUACAGAAUUGGGUCUCAGGAUGUUGCUGAAUUGUCAGCUCUCUUUCUUGAGAAUAUGUUUCCUGGUUUCUUACAUGAACUAAAAAUACUGUAGUAUGUGCUUUUUGUAACCGUCCGUUAUUAAAAGUUCUAAUUCUAAUA